GGAUGCGCCGCCCCGAGCCGCUGCCUCCGCCGCCGCAGCCGCAGCCGCAGCGGGCACAGAGCAGGUAGAUGGCCCCCCCAGGGCAGGCCCUGCGGACACCCCUCCCUCCGGCUGGCGGAUGCAGUGCCUAGCGGCCGCUCUUAAGGACGAAACCAACAUGAGUGGGGGAGGGGAGCAGGCCGACAUACUGCCGGCCAACUACGUGGUCAAGGACCGCUGGAAGGUGCUGAAAAAGAUCGGGGGCGGAGGCUUUGGUGAGAUCUAUGAGGCCAUGGACCUGCUGACCAGGGAGAACGUGGCCCUCAAGGUGGAGUCAGCCCAGCAGCCCAAGCAGGUCCUCAAGAUGGAGGUGGCUGUGCUCAAAAAGCUGCAAGGGAAAAGCCACGUGUGCAGGUUCAUUGGCUGUGGCCGGAAUGAGAAGUUUAAUUACGUAGUGAUGCAGCUCCAGGGCCGGAACCUGGCCGACCUGCGCCGCAGCCAGCCGCGAGGCACCUUCACCCUGAGUACCACGCUGCGGCUGGGCAAGCAGAUCUUGGAGUCCAUUGAGGCCAUCCACUCCGUGGGCUUCCUGCACCGGGACAUCAAACCGUCAAACUUUGCCAUGGGCAGGCUGCCUUCUACCUACAGAAAGUGCUACAUGUUGGACUUCGGGCUGGCCCGGCAGUAUACCAACACCACAGGGGACGUUCGGCCUCCCCGGAAUGUGGCUGGGUUUCGAGGGACUGUUCGUUAUGCCUCAGUCAAUGCCCACAAGAACCGGGAGAUGGGCCGCCACGAUGACCUGUGGUCCCUCUUCUACAUGCUGGUGGAGUUUGCAGUGGGCCAGCUGCCUUGGAGGAAGAUCAAGGACAAGGAGCAGGUAGGGAUGAUCAAGGAGAAGUAUGAGCAUCGGAUGCUGCUGAAGCACAUGCCUUCCGAGUUCCACCUCUUCCUGGACCACAUCGCCAGCCUUGACUACUUCACCAAGCCUGAUUACCAGUUGAUCAUGUCGGUGUUUGAGAACAGCAUGAAGGAGCGGGGCAUCGCUGAGAAUGAGGCUUUUGACUGGGAGAAGGCAGGCACCGAUGCCCUCCUGUCGACAAGCACCUCCACUCCACCCCAGCAGAACACCCGGCAGACGGCAGCCAUGUUUGGGGUGGUCAACGUGACGCCGGUGCCCGGGGACCUGCUCCGGGAGAACACCGAGGACGUGCUGCAGGGCGAGCACCUGAGUGACCAGGAGAACGCACCCCCCAUCUUGCCUGGGCGGCCCCCUGAGGGGCUGGGUCCCGGCCCCCACCUGGCCCCCCAUCCUGGGGGUCCCGAGGCUGAAGUCUGGGAGGAGACGGAUGUCAACCGGAACAAACUCCGAAUCAACAUCAGCAAAACCCCUUGUGUGGUGGAAGAGGAGCAGAGCCGAGGUGUGGGGGUCCCUAGCUCUCCGGUGCGCGCCCCUCCGGACUCACCAACAACCCCAGUCCGUUCUCUUCGCUACCGGAGGGUCAACAGUCCUGAGUCCGAGAGGCUCUCCACAGCCGAUGGGCGGGUGGAGCUGCAUGAGAGGAGGUCACGAAUGGAUCUGCCCGGCUCUCCGUCCCGCCAGGCCUGCUCCUCACAGCCGGCCCAGAUGCUGUCAGUGGACACGGGUCACCCGGACCGGCAGGCCAGCGGCCGCAUGGACGUGUCAGCCUCCGUGGAACAGGAGGCCCUUAGCAACGCCUUCCGCUCGGUGCCGCUGGCCGAGGAGGAGGACUUUGACAGCAAGGAGUGGGUUAUCAUUGACAAGGAGACAGAGCUCAAGGACUUCCCCCCGGGCGCCGAGCCCAGCACGUCGGGCACCACGGACGAGGAGCCCGAGGAGCUGCGGCCACUGCCGGAGGAGGGCGAGGAGCGGCGGAGGCCGGGGGCAGAGGCUGCCGUCAGGCCCCGGGGCCGAGGCAUGCAGACGCUGGCUGAGGAGGACCCUCGCCUGACUCCCUUCCAGCCCCUCCCACCCCAGCUGAGCCAGGCGGAAGGCCGGUCAGAGAUGUCACAGCCCCCCACGCCUGGCAGCCCUUCCCACUCGCCCCUGCACUCUGGACCCCGCCCUCGUCGGAGAGAGUCGGAUCCCACCGGCCCGCAGAGACAGGUGUUCUCUGUGGCGCCCCCGUUCGAGGUCAAUGGUCUCCCACGAGCUGUGCCUCUGAGCCUGCCCUACCAGGACUUCAAGAAAGACCUCUCUGAUUACCGAGAACGGGCUCGGUUGCUCAACAGGGUCCGGAGGGUGGGCUUCUCCCACGUGCUGCUCACCACCCCCCAGGUCCCACUGGCUCCUGUUCAGCCUCAAGCUAACGGGAAGGAGGAAGAAGAAGAGGAGGAGGAAGAAGAGGAGGAGGAAGAGGAGGAGGAGGAAGAGGAAGAGGAAGAGGAAGAGGAGGAGGAGGAGGAGGAAGAGGAAGAAGAGGAGGAGGAGGAGGAAGAGGAGGAGGAGGAGGAGGAGGCAGUGGCUCUAGGGGAGGUGCUGGGGCCUCGCAGUGGCUCCAGCAGUGAUGGGAGUGAAAGGAGCACUGAUCGGAGCCAAGAGGGUGCCCCAUCCACACUCUUGGCAGAUGACCAGAAGGAGUCCAGGGGCCGGGCCUCCAUGGCCGACGGGGACCUGGAGCCUGAGGAGGGCUCCAAAACGCUGGUGCUCGUCUCCCCUGGCGACAUGAAGAAGUCGCCCGUCACUGCCGACCUGGCCCCUGACCCUGACCUGGGCACUCUGGCUGCCCUUACUCCUCAGCAAGAGCGGCCCCAGCCCACUGGCAGCCAGCUGGACGUGUCUGAGCCAGGCACCCUGUCCUCUGUCCUCAAGUCUGAGCCCAAGCCCCCUGGACCUGGGACAGGGCCAGGGGCCGGGGCAGUGACCACAGGGGCAGGAGGAGUGGCAGUCACCUCCUCACCCUUCACCAAAGUUGAGAGGACCUUUGUGCACAUUGCAGAGAAAACCCACCUCAACGUUAUGUCUUCCGGCGGACAAGCCUCCCGGCCCGAGGAGCUGGGUGCUGGGGGUGAGCUGGGUCUGGAGGCACCCUCUGACGGGAAGGCUGUGGAGGAGGGGGCCUCCGUGCCCCUGGAGAACGGCAUCGCCCCGUCAGGGCUGGAGAGCUGUGCUCUGUCUGCCCCUCCCGGGGACACCCCCUCGGAGGUGGCCACAGACUCACUGCCCAAUGGCCCAGCCCUUGCCAACGGGCCAGCUCCAGCGUCCCCACCGGAGCCAGGCCCCGAGAAACUGGUCACCGUCUCCCCCAGCCGCCAUGCCAUGCCCGGCUCUCGCCCCAGGAGCCGGAUCCCUGUCCUGCUGUCUGAGGAGGACACGGGCUCAGAGCCCUCGGGCUCCCUGUCGGCCAAAGAGCGGUGGGGCAAGAGGGCCCGACCACAGCAGGACCUGGCGCGGCUGGUGAUGGAGAAGAGGCAGGGCCGCCUGCUGCUGCGGCUGGCCUCCGGGGCCUCGUCCUCCUCCAGUGAGGAGCAGCGCCGGGCCUCGGAGACGCUCUCAGGCACGGGCUCGGAGGAGGACACGCCUGCCUCAGAGCCCGCGGCCCCCAGGAAAGCGGGGCGGGCAGCCGCCACGCGGAGCCGCAUUCCCCGCCCCAUCAGCAUCCGCAUGCCCACGCCUGCUGCAGCCCAGCAGUCCCCCGGCAGACCCCACGGCGCUGCCCCCGCAUCGGACACAGCCAUCACCAGCAGGCUCCAGCUGCAGAAGCCUCCGGGGUCGGCCGCCACCGCUGACCUCCGCCCCAAACAGCCCCCGGGCCGCGGCCCGGGCCCCGGGCGAGCCCCAGCCGGCACCAGGGCCCCCGCCCCGCGCAGUCCCGGCCCGCCCGCCUCCGCCGCGCCCCGCCAUCCCAGCGCGUCCCCCCGGAGCCAGUCCCUGUCCCGCAAGGAGAGCUCCUCCCCCUCGCACCAGGCCCGGCCUGCGGGGCCCCCGCCCCGGGGCGCCCCGCAGGCCCGGGCCCAGCCCGAUGGCACCCCCUCCCCGGGGGGCCCCAAGAAAGGACCCAGAGGGAAACUCCAGACUCAGCGCGCAGCAACCAAAGGCCGGGCGGGGGUCGCGGAGGGCCGGGCCGGGGCCAGAUAAUGACGCGCGCGGCUCUCCGCGGGCCCCCCACCCUGA